CACCCCCGUGAUAAUGGAUAUCACAGAAGCUUUCAGAGCGGAAGACAUAUCGAAGACGGACUUCUUCGAUUUCGUCGUGGCCCCCGACGUGGGUGACCCGCCGCACGCGCUGACCUUCAACCGCUCGCUGAUGAAGUCCAUGGGCAUAUUCAUCGAGAACUCGUCGGUGAACAGCGGCGCCGCCCAGAUGGGUGCGUUCCAGGAGCUGAAGGAGGCCAACAACAACCACCUGGUGAUGGCGUCCGCGGCCGGCGCCGGCGCCGCCAACGCCGCCGGAGACCCGGGGGCGCUCGCGUUCUCCGAGCACGGCUUCUGGUCAUCGCCGCCGCAGUGCGACAAGGAGACGGUGCGCCUCGAGACGGCCUUCUUCGAGGACCUCAACACGUACUGCUGGAGCCAGGACAGCGACGCGUCGGGCUCGUCCAGCCACAAGGAGGCGGCCACGCCCGGAGGCGGCGGGCGGCCGGGGGCGGCCGGGGGCGGCAACACGGACGGCGCCAUCUACACGCUGACGGUGCUGCACGGCAACGAGCAGCAGCCGAUGGCCGCCCAGCAGCCGCAGCCGCAGCAGCAGCCGCAGCAGCAGGCGGCGCUCGACAUCGACGCCAUCCUGAGCAUCGUGCCCGGCGACGGGCACGCGCACGCCGACGGCCCGGCCUUCCACUCCAACGGCUACCACCCGCACCACUCCGCGGGACACCAGGACGCCAGCACGCUCAGCCCGCACCAGGCCAUGGCCCACGAGAUCAAGACGGAGCAGCAGCAGCAGUACAGCUACGAGCACAUCUCCGAGUCGUCGCCGAUGAUGGAGACCAGCGGCGACGCCGAAACGUUUGGUGGCGCUGCGGGCCAGACCGCGGCUUCCAACAACAACAACGACUGGAAGAUUGGCGACAACAACAGCGGCACCAAUGUGGACUCACUGCUGAGGAGUGCGCUUCAAGGCAAAGGGGCCUUCUUGAACAGGUACAACGGCGCGCACAAGGGCGACUGCCUGAAGGACGGGCACACGGAGCUGCGCCGCGCGCUCUCCACUCCGCCCGGCAGCCACGGCAGCGGCUCCAAGACGCCGACGGCGGCCGGGUCGCCGGUCUUCGCGCCCGAGGCGGCGGACGACGGCGCCGACAAGAAGCCGCUGGUGCAGCACCAGCACCUCCAGCUGGACAGCGGGCCGGCGGGCAGGGCCGCCAUGUUCGACGACGGCGACCACCACUCCCCGCCCGCCACCAGCGUCGACGACAUCCUCUUCUCGUUCCCGGGAGGCUUCGACGAGAAGAUACGGAACAUCACGAACGAGGUCGUGGAGUCGGCGAAGCGGUUCUGCGUGAUGGAGCAGCAGCCGCACGACCAGCACCACGCGUCCAUGUACAUGGCGCGGCUGCCGCCACCCACCCACGACGGGCUCGCGCUGAUCCCCCUGAACCACCACCACCACCACCACCACCACCAGCACCACCACCAGCACCACCAACAGCACCACCCCCACCAGCAGGCGCACCACCACGCGCUGUCGUCGCCGCCGGCUCCGCAGCACCAGACGCCGCCGCCGCCGCCUCCGCAGGCGCCGCCGAGGGCCAAGAAGUACUCCAAGAAGCAGAGCUCCGCGGCCAAGGGGGCGCCGCAGCAGGGCGGCGGCGCUGCGGGCGCGCGCAAGGAGCGCUCGCUGCACUACUGCAGCAUCUGCAGCAAGGGCUUCAAGGACAAGUACUCGGUGAACGUGCACAUCAGGACGCACACCGGCGAGAAGCCCUUCUCCUGCACGCUGUGCGGCAAGAGCUUCCGCCAGAAGGCGCACCUCGCCAAGCACUACCAGACACACAUCGCGCAGAAGAAUCUGACACCGGGGGCAGGCGGCGGCAGCGGCUGCGGAGGCGGCAGCGGCGUGUCCAAGCCGUCCACGAACAAGAACCGGUACGCCGCUCCCAAAGCCUCGUGAUUGCUGCGGCGCGGACGGCUCCUUCUCCCCUAUAACGGUCGCAGCAGGCUUCGAAACAGACUUUCUGUCCAGUGGCUGUGUUGGCACUAAUGUUACCAUCUUCAGAGCAUUUGGCUUUGUAGGUCAGUCCGUAUUUCCGAGUCACCAACUACGUCACUGUCAUUAGCAAAUGUAAUUUUUUUUUAUCUCGUGGACACACAGUGCAUUUUAUAUAAACUACACUGCAUAUUUUAGUUUAUAGAUGCCCCUGUGAAUUUCAAUAAGCGUGGAAAGUUAUAAACGUCCCGUUCUUCUUUUUACUCCUGCUGAUCUCUCAGUAUUAUUACUAUUAUUAUUUUAUUGUUAUUAUUUAAUACUUGUUUUUAAGUUUUGUAUAAGAAUGUAAAUAAUUAUAUCACAACGAUAAUUUCGGCGGAGGCGAUGAAGAUGACCAUACCAAACCACUGUCCAAAACUUCACGGAAUAGAACAAAAAUGACUCGUUCACAUUUUAUCAAGCAUUUUUGCUGAAAACACAGAUGUCAGUAUUCUUUCCUAAACUCUGCAAUAUUAUACUACUCAAAAAAUAAAAAUAUAAUUUUGUUACAAUAUUCUUUCAAGAAAACUAAGACAAAAUCGUAUGAAGAAUAAAGAGUAACAUGUGGAGAAAUUCCAUAGUGAGACCAGAACAUCCUUGACAUAAGGUAAUGCCUUCUGCUUUUCUGAGAUACGCUAGUGUGUGGAGCAAUGUGACAGAAAAAUAAUCAUUCAAUAAAGUGAAAAGUGUCUCAGAUGGUUUGUUUCGACUCCAGUUAACCAAAUUUAUUCAGUUAUCACAAAUAGAAGGUGUUUCAAACAUAAAUCAAACUCUAGUGGUUAUCGAUCACGUCGUGGGCAACUGUUGUUAGAGACAUAAUGGUCGCUGACGCUUCCUGACGGUGCUAGGGGCCAUUCUGUAGUGGUUAUGCGUCUUGCUCAUUCGGUGAAAUCUCAUCAUCCUAUGGCCCGCAAAUACAAUAAAAAACGCCUAGCAUUGGGGAAGCACCUCUAGCAAAAGUUGUUCCAAAUGAUAUGAUCUGUCGCCCACACAAGUUUCAUGCAAAAACUUUGGAACACCCUGUAUAUUACGUUUGCAUAGAUUAAUGAACGUAAGCAACUACUGUUUGUGCUUAUUACGAUUUCUUAUAAUGUUCUCAGUACUUCUGAGUUUCACAAAUCGGUGCAAAACAAUAACAAUAUCACUGGUGUAACUGGUAAUAGCAAUAUCACUAGCAUAACUAAAUAUUUUGAUAUCAUAAUGUGUGCAAAUCCGCACUUACCUACUCCUAAUUUGUCUGCCUCUCUGGCAUGGAUCACUUGUAAUAGCUCAGUAACAUAAAAGCAUUGCAUAAAAAAGCUAAGAGAGUCACGUGCCAUAAAAAAUAUAUUUGGAUUUUAAAAAGAGAAACUAAUUGAAGCUGUUAAACACAAAUAAGUGCAAAAAUAUCAUACAACACUACUAUGUCUCCAGAAAUCAUAUCCAAAACAAUAAAUUUUGACAUGUCUAGACAUGAAACUGUAACAUACUCCAGUACAAUUGAGUGCAGUUAUGAUAGCUAUUUCUUGAAAGAUGAGAAACAUAUUUCAGCCACAAGGUGUGAUCUGUUAAUCAGUAUUAUAAAUGUAGGUACUUAUCUUCUCUAAAAUAACAUAUUCAUCACUUUAUAGACAAUGUCUGUACACACACACACAAAUUAAUUUCAACUUAAUUGCUGUUUAAUGCAUUAGUCAUAUUGGCCAGCAGUUCCAAGUAUUUCUGUGUGUACACCAUGGCAUUGCCUCUGGAAGACUGGGGAUGUUUUUCUUGUUAUGAGCAUAUUUCUUCAUGCAAUUCUUUGCUUUUACACUUUCACUGAUAAUUUCACAGCCCCAUAAAUUCUUCAAAAUUUUAUAAUUCAUCUAUUUUUGGUGGUCAUGGUUAUUGGUAUAGUGAGUAGUUUCUGUAGUUUUCCAGUAUUUGAUAAUCCAUGUACAACACUGGGUGACAUUUCAGCAGAAUUAUCUCCUCCAUGUCAUUCACAAAACAGAGCAAAGAAAACACUACCCUUACAAAGCAGGCCUCUGAUUAAACUGUUGCUGGUAGUUCCUUCAUAAUAUUGUUCUGUACACUGGGAGUAAACAUACUGUUUUAAAUAUGCAUAACUGAGAUUACUUUAUGUAGCUACAACUAUCAGUUUAUAUUUACUAUAAGUAUCACUUUCAUUUCUCCACAUGUCCACACAGCAAUGACAUAUUCUUCUCCUUGAAAUUAUUUUCGUGACUGUGUAAGAAACUCACUAUCUCUCUUGUGAAUCACGUUAUUUAUUGUAGACCAUUUGAUCGCCAGAGUAUUUGUCAGACUUUAAUAGCAACUGACAUUUUCAUCUCAACAUCACAAAGCAUAAACAUAUCAAACUGUCAUUUAAAAUUAAGACUUAAUCACAAAGAGAGUAAAUAACUGAUCAUACUUGUGUUUGAGGUGAAGCAGUGGUGCAUAUCAAGUGAAAAUGGUGUAAUGAGUGAGAUCAUUUAGACAAAUCCUAUAAUAUGUAUACUAUUUUUUCCAAUCAGUUGAGGUAAUUAUAUUAGGUAUAGCAGUUAUGAAGGCCAAACAUUUGUUGCCAAUUCAUAUUUUUAUAUAAUGUUUAUAUAUGUGUAAUAAAUGUUGUUAUACAAUUUAAGAUAUUUUAUUUAUGAGAUAUUAAAAUACAAAGAAAAUAAAGAUUUUUAUGGCAAUGCAUACAUGAUUGCAGCACUGUUUUCCAUAUCAUAAAAUAUAUAAUAAAACACAGAACAGACUGAAAUAAGUGAACUGUUUCUUAGCAUUAGUUAAAACUUAAAGAGUGUCAAUGUCCUUCAAAUUACAUACAACUGUAUC